GCUGUUCUGACAUAAAACUGUGUCCGGAAGGGAUUGCAGCUGUCUCUAUUUGUAUAAAUGCUAUAGUGUUCAGGACAUAGCAAAGAAUAUGAGACUUGCAAAGAGUGUUAUGGUUUCUCUUGAAUGACUCUCUUCAGCAUGUCCUCAUGUGAGAAGGAAUGUACUCUGCCUUUAGCAAAUACAAAUUCAAAACAUUAGGCAGAUCAGAACAUUAUUUAUAUCAGCUAGCUACUAAGAAGCAGAAAGACUGCCAUAUCAUAGCAACUGGAAACUGCUUUCCAGCAUUGCCUCUUACUUCUUAUGACACUUCUUUCACUCAAAAUCUAUUCCAUUGGAUAAAGAUGUAGGGCUAAGGUUUUGAAGAUGUGGAUCCUAUUUUCCAGCCCUGUUGGACUUCCUGUGUAGGAAUCCUGUAGGCAAAGUCAAUGAAGAGAAAAAAGCCUGACCCUGAUAGCUAUAUUAUUAUAUUAUUUCAUUUCCUAGCACCUCAAGCCUCCUUGAAUAUUAAUAAGGAGAAGCCAAAAUCAAUUUAAAAAAAAAAAAAAAGAGCCACAUCUAUGGAUUCAAUCUAAAUCAACUGACACCAUCCCAUAUUCUAUAGCUGCUGCAAGAUUAACACGUGCUUGCAGGUAUUUGUCUCCAGCUGGAACUGCCUGUGAUUUCCACAAUACUUUGACUUCUGGAGAAAGGUGAUUUCAAACAAGAUGGAGGACUCUUGCAUUACAGCAACCGACAACAAUGAGGAGAACUUCUCUUGUUUUUCUUCAUCUGGAUUGUUUGUGGUCUGGUUUUGCUGUGGUGGUUCCUUCUUCUUCCCUUCCUUCUAUUGAAUAAAUGAAAAAAUAUCAAUCAGAUUUGAGAUUCUCCCUCAAGGCCCCCCCUCACUCUCAGCAAUGUCACAGACAGAACUUCAAUUAUAUUUGACAAAAAUUGGAUUAGGUCCGUUAUUUUUUUUCUUUUCCAAGGUAGGCAUUUUCCUGAGGGAAUAAGCAAUCUUUUGCCAGUAGGUUGGCCUACUUUCCUGACUUAGAGUCCCUUUGUUUCACUGAAACAUUAUUCCCAUACUACCAUCAGCACCCGUUCUGGGGCUGCGUGGUGCAAAAAGGCAGAAAGAAUGCAGUGCUAUUGCACCAUGGAGAGUGAAAGUAGAACCAAUGGGUGACAAUGGCAAAACCAGUCCAGGUCUGUCAGCGAGACUGUGGUCACUAUAUGAAUGCAGAACAUUUGUUACUCUUCUUCAGUCUUUGUCUCUAGUCUUUGUGGAGUUGAAAUAAAUUGUUUUUCAUUGUAAGGACAAGUUAGCAUUGCAUGUUCGUUUGUCAUGCUGAAAAUGAGAGCUGCAUCUAUUCUGGACUCUGUUUUUCCUUUUUAGUGCUACUGACUGGAAUGUUUUCACCUGAAUUAGCAGAACACAGUGGUGCAUUCAGAGGCUCCUGAGAAGGAAGUUUGCUUGAUUUCAUUGAUGUUAACUAGUCAAUGUUCCAUAUUGACCAUCUUUUUAAGUGCAGCACUUAAAUUAAGAGCACUCCUGCAUAUUUGGAAAGAGUUGGUCAGCUGGCCCAGUGUUUAUUUUUUAGUAUGUUUAAAAGCAUCAGAGCAAGGCAAUGAUACUGUCACUGUUCACCAUUUUGUUUGCAGGGUGGUGUUUCAUGCACAUACUAAACACAAAACUGCCUUUUUCUGGCAACAAAAUACUAUAUUUGUCACUGGCAUUGUAUUGCAGUAUCAGGGAGUGCUAGUGUAAGCCAGGAUGGUUUAUUGGUUUGGUCUAUCAGACAUCUGAUGUCUGACAUUCAAAAGCAAAUGCUCACUUCUUAGUUUCAUCAGUAUGCCUUUCGUGGAACUACAGAGGGAGGUAAUGGCAUCCCCAUUCAGCUUCACCGGAGCCAUAUCUGAAAUAAAACCAAUUCUAAAUGGACAGGCCGACAUCAAUCCUGCAAAGGUCAUCACUAGAGAUAAUCUUCAGUGUUACUCCUCUAGGACCAAAGCCUGAGACUGAUUUAUUCUGAUAUUCCUAAAGGCAACACCUUUGAGUAAGUGUUUAUUCUGUUUAAAGGCUCUGAUAGUUUGCACUGCAGCUACUGUUUUGUGCCUGGUGUGUGGAUAAGAUGGUAAGUUACUUCAGAUCAUUCUUUGCCAUUUAGACACAUGUCCUCUGCUAAAUGAAUAGAUGAGUAAGACUCUUUAGUGAUGAAAACCUCUAGAUUCUGUAUUCCACAGGCUUUUUUCAUGAACCUGAUCUUUUCUUUUAAUAGUCCCUUGACCAUCUUGUGCAAUAUUGGCUACCAUAGUUUUCUUUGACAAACAAAUAAAAAUUAGACUGCCUUUUGUACAUUUUGUAGGAUGUUUUUAAACUUCUUUUUUGUUUGCUGGCUUACUUGUUGGCACGUAGGCAGAGGCAGAUUCAUAUUUUGCUGUUGUUUUGUAGUCCCUAUAGUCCCACAGCCUGUUCAGUGGUCAACAAGAUGAGAAAUUCUACACUAGGUUCUUUUAACUUGGUCUAGGUACCUCUCAGCCUAGUAUUGGUCACCCUAUUUUUUUAGUUUAAAAUAAACCAAUAAUGAUGAUGGUAGUACAACAAUGCUACAUUAAUUUUGAAACUGCAGAGCAUGCUUAAAUUAUUACCCAAUGUGUGUAGGUAAUUUACUGUUUUUCUCUUGCACUGGGUUAAGUAGGUUUAAAUUGAAAUCAUCUCUCUUCUUGGCGUUUUUAGACUGAAUAUUAACUUAGGCCAAAAAUAAUCAGAAUGUUAUUUUGAAAAAAGAAUAUGAUAAUUCAAUAUCUUUUCCUUCAGGCUAUGAAAGAGUGCCUCUAAUAUGAUUCCCAGAGAAUAGAGCAUGUGGUGACCUUGAUUGGGUCACUUUUCCUAUUGUGGGGGCACUGCCCAUUCCUCCUGAUGCGCCUGUCUACCACGGCCUUUUCCCACCAUGUCAGACCUAAGUUUUGUGAAGAAGGCUGUACGCAAAGGUCACGUUGCAGAGGCCAGAAUCUGCUCACAUGGAAAUCGCUGUAUGAUGGAGACUGUAACACAAGUUAACACUGGUGGUAAAGUCUGUCACCUCCCAUCACAAUGAGAGAUACGGAUACGGUGGAUGGGUACAGCUGGAUCAUCACUGCAAGGGACAGGCAAAGAUGAUGAAGGAUGGAAAGGUUUUUAGAGUUAUUCAAGAGAACUGCUGGGAUCCAGAAGUACGGAUUAAAGACAUGGACCUAUCAGGAGUCACAGUCCAAGUCCUCUCCACAGUCCCUGUCAUGUUCAGCUACUGGGCCAAACCUCAGGAUACUUUAGAUCUAGCACAGAUAUUAAAUAAUGACUUAGCUGCUACAGUAAAAAAGUACCCCAAGAGGUUUGUUGGCUUGGGAACGUUACCUUUGCAAGCUCCAGACCUGGCUGUGAAGGAAAUGCAUCGCUGCGUGAAUGAACUUGGAUUUCCUGGAGUACAAAUAGGAUCUCAUGUCAAUGAAUGGGACCUGAAUGCACCAGAACUGUACGAUAUUUAUGCUGCUGCUGAAAAAUUGAAUUGCUGCCUCUUUGUGCAUCCCUGGGACAUGCAGAUAGAUGGAAGGAUGUCCAAAUACUGGUUUCCCUGGCUAAUAGGCAUGCCAACAGAAACAACCAUGGCCAUUUGCUCCAUGAUUAUGGGAGGAAUUUUUGAAAAAUUUCCUAAGCUGAAAGUUUGCUUUGCACAUGGAGGUGGAGCUUUUCCAUACACAGUGGGGCGAAUCUCCCAUGGAUUCAACGUGCGCCCGGAUUUGUGUGCGAUGGAUAAUAAGGUGGAUCCAAGAAAAUACCUUGGUUCGUUUUACACAGACUCCCUUGUCCACGAUCGUGGUGCACUAAGGCUGCUGACAAGUGUAAUAGGAGAGGACAAAGUCAUUCUGGGGACAGAUUACCCUUUUCCACUUGGGGAGCUGGAACCUGGAAAAUUGAUUGAUUCAAUGGAAGAUUUUGACAAUAAACUGAAGGAUAAACUCAAGGCUGGAAAUGCUCUGGAAUUUUUGGGUCUUAGCAGAAAACAAUUUGAAUAAUUAUAACGACACUAAAGAGACCAAACUUCAGGAAUAGCACUGAAUGUUUGGGGAAACUUCUAUUUGUACAUGCAAUUAUACAGAGGAAAAAUAAAUUUGACAAGUAU